AUGAAACUUUUCGUUGUCUUACUUUUAUGCCUUUUGGGCAAUUCUUUGGCGAGCGUGAUUAAAUCGAAAGAAAUCAUCCAACUUAACGAAUCCGACAGGGUUAAACUUGAACGCGCUUUAAAACAAUUAGAGGGUGGCGAUAAAUCCAUUUUAGAUGAACUCCCUAAUAUUAUCUUUGAUUUAAUCGUCAGUGCAAUUGGAAAUUCCGAUUUUGACCCGAUGGGUCUUCCAGAUAUUAAGCUCGAUUUUGAGGAGGGACGUUUAACUGGGGAUCUUCAAUUAACCGAGGGGGAAGUUGGGGGAUUUUCAGAAAUUUCUAGGGCUGGAGAUGCUGAAGUUAACUUAUUUAUUUUGGAAAGAAGAGCUAACGUAAAAAUUCCAGUUUUCUUUGAAGAACUUGGGCUUUCUUAUCGUUACUUUGCUAGAUUAGGGCUUUUGGGUGUUGAUGGAACAAUUAGCGGGGGAUUCGUUGGAAUAACCACAGUUUUAGACAUCGACAUUAACUUGGCAAACAUGGAUAUGAGUCUGAACGAAUUCAGCAUAGACGCAAAUGAUUUCCGAAUUAGAUUCGAUAAUAAUCCUUGGACCGAUUGGACCAUAAAUCUUUUAUUAAGAAUUAUUACAAGUAUUGCAAAAGAGCCGAUUUUAGAAGCCGUUGAGUCCGUAUUAGAAAUAAUUUUCGGGAUUAUUUUUGGAAGCAUAUAG